UGCCAUUGAUUAUCAGAGAGAGAGAGCGCUGUGACAGCACAGAGCAGCCACACACACUCAGGCUCAGGCAACAGGGACCCUGCGCUUCUCAGCCUCCAGCGACCAUCGGCGACACCAACACUGGGGGCAAAGAGAACGCGCACUAAACCCCACGUCCCGACAGCCAAUAAUUACACUACCCACCUCGCUUUAGACCUAUGUAUAUAUAUAUGUAAAUAUAUAUAUAUAUAUAUAUAAAAGGGGCAAACUUUUGUAUUCGGACAGUCCACAAAUGAUGACGGCGAAAGCUCUGGAGAAAAUCCCGGUGUCUCUCGGAAGUUUCAUUCAUCAGCUCCCAGACAGCAUGUACCCAGUGGAGGAGAUGACCCCGUCUGUCACUAUUUUCUCUAAUCCGGAGUUAGGACUGUACGAGCAGAUGCCAACAGAUGGAAUGAUGAACAUAGACAUGGGGAACGAAAAGAGACAUCUCGAUUUACCUUAUCCCAACACUUACCAUCCACCGCCUCCCCCUCGCAGUGGGACUUUUACCUACAUGGGCAAGAUCUCCAUCGAUUCCCAGUGUGCCACCGCCAACUGGAGCCCCGAAGGGAUCAUUAACAUAGUGAGUGCUGGGAUCCUGGGAGUCAACCCACCAUCCUCCUCCUCCUCCUCUUCAUCGUCCGCUUCUCCCAACCCUCUACACAGCACUCUCGGUUGCACAAUGCCACAGAGCCAGAACGAGAUGGAUCACAUUUACUCACCGCCACCUCCUUACACCACCAGCUGCGGAGACUUGUACCAGGACCCCGCACCUUUCUUCAGCACGUCCACCUGUAACAUUGGCUACCCUCCCCCGUCCUACCCUUCCCCCAAACCGGCUGCCGACAACACCCUGUUCCCGGUGCUCCCGGACUACAGCACGAUCUUCCAGCCUCACCAUCAUCAUCAUCACCAUCAUCAGCAGCGUGAGCUGCACCCAGGGACCGACCGCAAGCCCUUCUCCUGCCCGGUGGAUCCCAUUAGAAUGGUACCUCCUCCACUGACGCCCCUCUCGACCAUCAGAAACUUCACUAUGGGCAACCCCGCGGGGGAAGGGCCGAGGGUUUCCAGCACGUACGGUGGACAGAACUUACCGCUCAGGCCGAUCAGACUCAGGAAGUACCCCAACCGCCCCAGCAAGACCCCGGUCCACGAGAGACCCUACCCGUGCCCGGCCGAGGGCUGCGACCGGCGUUUCUCUCGCUCGGACGAGCUGACCCGACACAUCAGGAUCCACACCGGCCACAAGCCCUUCCAGUGCCGGAUCUGCAUGAGGAAUUUCAGCCGCAGCGACCACCUGACCACCCACAUCCGCACCCACACCGGAGAGAAGCCCUUCUCCUGCGAGUUCUGCGGCAGAAAGUUCGCCAGGAGCGACGAGAGGAAGCGGCACACCAAGAUCCACCUGAGGCAGAAAGAGAAAAAGAUAAACACAGAGAGAGCGCCGGCAAACGCCGGCUCCACGGUGGGGACUGUGUGCCCCGGGGGAACCCCCCCGAACAUCUGUCCGCCCAGGACAAUGUAAACCACAAUCCGCACUGACACUACCAGCAACGCAAACAGUCUCACUGUACCCCCGCCAAGUAUUUAUGACUCGCCGCGUCCAAGUCUCUCUUACAAGUUGUGUGUUUACAUAUUCUGUAUCCUCAUCCUCCUCUUGAAAAGAUUCUCAUUUCAUGUCACGGU